CUCCCUCCUCCUGAGAGAGGGCCUUCUUCUCCGGGUGACCUGAAAAGCGGCGAAUCUGCGGCUGCACUGCUCACACGCGCUGGGACCGACCUGUGAUGGGCCCCCACCGAAGACGCCGUACGACAGCGGAGACACAACUGUGAGUCCCUCAAUGGAAGCGACCACGAGAAAGUCAACACUUUACUGCUUCCUGAUCGCUGCCGGAUUGUUGUGCCUCUCUGCGGUGGGUGCCUGGUCGCGGGAGGACGAGCCGAGCGACUUCGAAGUCUGGUCCGCUAUCACGACCUCUCUGGCGAGAUGGCAGACGACGCGGCUCAACAGUCUGGAAGGAGGCGGACGCUCCAGACGUGCAGCAAAGACGGCAAAAAGUGUGUGCUACGAGGAGCUGGGCUGCUUCCGCGGCGAAGGCCACUUCACGUACCUGAACGCCCUGCCCGAUCACCCAAAGAACGUGGGCACCCACUUCUACCUGUACACACGACGACGGACGCUCGGCGAGAUACUGCAGCCGGAUUCUCCAACGUCCGCCUUCAAUGCCAGCAACCCGGUCAAAAUGGUCAUCCAUGGCUUCGGGAGCAGCGGGAAACGAUCGUGGGUCGGGAGGAUGGUGGAAGUGCUCUUAUCUGCAGGCGACGUGAACGUCAUCGUGGUUGACUGGGAAAAAGGUGCAACGCUGCCCAACUACGUGCAAGCGGCGGCCAACACGAGACUGGUGGGCAAGCAGGUGGCCCUCAUGAUGCACAGGCUGAUGAACCACGGAUCCCGGCCCAAGGACUUCCACCUUGUGGGUUUCUCCUUGGGGGCUCACGUAGCUGGAUUCGCUGGUUCAGAAGUGCGGAACAUCUCGCGCAUCACUGGACUAGAUCCAGCAGCGCCACUCUUCGAAGGCUACGGGGAAACGGUUCGCUUGGAUUCGUCCGAUGCGCAACUCGUCGACGUGAUACAUUCCAACGGCGAGAGCUUCCUCAAGGGUGGUCUGGGCGCUUUCGAACCAUUGGGACACAUCGACUACUAUCCGAACGGUGGGAAGUAUCAGCUUGGGUGCAAUAACGUCUUCAUCGGAGCCAUCACUGACAUCUUCUUGGGCAACUGGCACAGCCUGUGCCAUCAUCGGCGCGCGCUCAAGUUCUUCAUCGAGUCUGUGAGUCCGCGCUGUCCUUUCCCAGCUUUCUCAUGCGAGAACUACGAAAGCUUCCUUCGUGGCGACUGCUUUCCCUGCGAGGAUCCCGCUGACUGCAGUUACAUGGGCUACUAUUCGGACCGCUCCAGGGCACGAGGAAAGAUGUACCUCAUGACCAGACAAACUGAACCUUUCUGUGCAAGCCAGUACAAGAUCAUCGUCAACAGUUCCGCUGGUCUGGAGAGCACAUGGGGGAAGAUCGAGAUCACGGUGUUCACCGAUACGGGAGACAACGAGACCUUCGUAGUGACACAGGAUUCUGAAGAGGUGAAGAGCGGUGAAGGAGCCAAGGUCCUGGUGGCUGCUCAUCCGUCCAUCAUCAACAUCACCAAGAUCGUGGUCAAGUACACAAAGUACCGUGGCUGGUUCUACGGUGGAAGGGACACCUGGUUCUUCGAUAAGAUAUCCAUCCUUGAUAGCUUCGGCUACACUGUCUCAUACUGUGGAUUCCGGACCCCUCUACACGACGGGAAACCAGUGAAACUGAAGGUGGAUCGCGAGGAUUGCCAUCUGAUGCCCCUGCCGCGACAGAGGGUAGCGAGACUCGUGUGGAAAGUCGUGGCUGGGCCCGUUCUCUCUCCGCAGCCCCUGCCUCCGAGGCUAGUCUGGACUCUGAGUCUGGACGACGAAGCGGCCACUUGAACUGCGGCUGCGAGGCCUAACCACAGAGCUUAGGUCAACCAUACGCACACUCAUGAAUCAUCGCGCCACUGGAGCCCUGAACGACCUUCUUGGUUGCGGAGCAGGUCGGCAAGUAAUUCAGAGACCACUGCCGUAGGGGAUGUGCAGCUCUGUGUGAGCACUGCCAAGGAGGGGGGAUUCUACGCCUGCACAAAGAUGGCUCGGAAAGUGAUUGACAAAAUUAGUUGCUUCGUCAGGUUCCCACCCGUCUCGACACGGCUUGCAGUAGGUCAGCUCCAAAGAGAUGUCGGCCAUGUCGGCAGCCAGCUGCUUAGAUGCUAAUCUGUCAUCCCGUAGAAAUGACUGCAUGCUGCUCAUGCACACUUUAAGUGCUCUUGUUCAGCUCCCACGAGAUAACUCGCAUUAUCUAGCUGACAUGUUUUCCCGUCCCUUUUUAUUUAUGUCUCGUACAAAUCCUCUGCCAUUACGUUUUGAGUCCAGUUCUUUGCUCUUACUACCACGACCCCAUCUCUGUUGCGCCAGGCUUAAAUUAAUUCCAGGCUUAAAUUAAUUAAAUUAAAAGCGCCGGGUCGUGUGUCGUACAACGAUACACGAUCGCGCGGGUGUAGUACAAAGAUAUACAAACUGGAGUACAAUACUCAUAUUUUCUCUUCUCUCAGAGUUUGCUACACGUGUCACAGGCAGCUCACAAAACAGGUAUAACUCUCACAAAUGUCUUAUGCGUGCCCUAAUGCAACCACAGUGAUCUCUUGCCCCACCCAUUGUACCCUCCUUGGACAAUUGUCGCACAGAGUCGUAGGUGAAGGGAACGUGAGAGGGCAAGAUGCCUCCUCUCACUCAUACAAAAAUGUCCGCUGUCGAAGACAUUAUUAUAUAGCAUUCUCCACACAUUUCUGACUAAGGAUACUCCUGGAUACUUUCGACACCUGCAGUUGUUAGACUGCCUGUACAUACCACAACAAUAUCAGGAGAGCAAUACACUACCACUCAACUGUGCACAGGAAUAUCCUGCAUAGUUUCUGGAAAGUAUUUAUGUGGUUUGCGAGACCAGGAACGGCACCUCUCGUGUUCCCUUGCUAGUAUGCACAGUACCCCCAGCAUGUAAAUAUACGCGAAAGUAGCCGAGCCACGUUUGAGCACCCGGUGGAUUAAAGAAAUCACAUUUUUCGGCUCUUCUGUGAUAACAGAGAAAGGUGGCGUAGGAGAUCAUCCUCCAGAAUAUUUGUCCCCCCCUUUAAAGUGGAUCAAUUUUUGUACAGGAUCCACAGCGGUCUAGUCACUUUUACCCGUGUUACUCUCAUCACAGUUGCUGUGCACUUGUUCCGGUGAUUAUCUCCUUUUUUAGUACUUAGUGCAAAAGUAGUCUGUCAACCAUCAACCCAACGUUCUUUUUUUUUGUUCGAUACACACAUUAUUUAGUAAGGUUGGAAGAGGUUUCAACGAAUGUACAGAGUAGACAACAAGAGCUUUCGUACAGUACCAUGCCUCUUCAAGCAUGAGCAUACUCUGUGCAAAUGAUGAAUGAAUAAAAGUUUAUCUCUUGUUUGCA